AUGUUGUUAUUGACUCAUUGUUUGCUGUUCUCGUCCGCCGUGGCUGCUUCAGCAGCCUCUUUGAGAGGCGUUCCCGAUGCUCAGAGACACCUUUACAGGCCACUGGAAUCCGAUUCUACUAAAUGGGCUUGUUUGAGCGAUCCCUCGAUUAUUUUGAACUAUUCUCAGAUCAACGACGACUACUGCGACUGUCCCGAUGGUUCAGAUGAGCCUGGCACCAGUGCUUGUGGCUCAUUGUCGCGAUUUUACUGUUCGAACGACGGAUUCGCGUCGAGAUUUGUAUCAGGAUUCAAAGUCGAUGACGGCGUAUGCGAUUGUUGUGACUGUUCGGACGAGAAAUCCAGCAGUCCUUCAUCGGAGUACAGCUGUGCCCAGUUGAAUGAUGAGUUUGACGCACUGGUGAAGCAGGAAACUGACAGGCAUCGGCGGGGUGUUGUGGCCCUGCGAGAAAUAGAAGGUUGCUCUUCUUUGGGCGGUCGAGAAGACGAUGCCACAGAUGCGGAAUCAGCUCUUGAAAGCAUCGAGACCGAGUACAGUGUUAGCGCCGAGCAGUACAAGGCCUGUGUAUCCGAGUUGGCAGCCACCAAAAAUGUUUAUAACGAAAAGUUGCAGCGUGAUAGUCCCCUGAUGUUUCGUUUGGAGCAACUCGGCAUUCCUCAAAUAUCCUCUUCCGUUGUCGAGAUUUUCACGCAAGCAGAAUCAUACUCAAACCUUUACCACGAACUAGUGGAUAUUCUAAAAUCGCUCCAAGAAAAUUACAAUGAGAAUCUGAACGACGAUGUCGUUAACCAAAACGUGCAGAAGUUCGUUGAAUACAUGCAGAACAACGCCGAAGAAGGAACGAUCAGUGGCAGUUUUGAUCGCACUCAGCGAAACCAAAUUACUACUUACCUCACCGAAGAGCUACCCAAUAUGAUUCUCCAAGGCACCAGUCACCUGCCGCCGGCAGCUAUUGAGGGGAAAUGUUCGAUGGCAAAGACUUUGGUGAAGGUCAAGAUCGAUUAUUGUCAAAAAAUGUAUCAAGCUCUCAAGAACUUAACGGCGAUUAUGAACGAUGUGUCCUCGAACUACAACGUUAAUUUUCAAGACUCGGGUGUCAAAAAUGCUGUUACUAGCUACAGAGAUUUUUUGGCUAAGAAUGCAGGUAUUCUCGAGCCAUCCAAUAUUCCUUCCAAUGUUAUGGAAAGACUGCAAGACGUUGAAGUUUUGGUCAGAACCGUUUCCUCGAAGCUUCUAACUCCUUCGUGGCGGGAACAGAAUUCCCUUCAAUCACUUUACUCGGGAUUUCUCUUCAAGUUGAAGAACGCUUUCUCAAAUAAAGGAACUGGUUUGCAAAUGCUCAAGUCAAAAGUCGGUGCCUUGGAACAAAAUUGUGCAACGCUAAGGAAAGAGUACAGAGCCAAAGCUGACCAAAUAAGACUGCUGAGAAAAGAAAACUCGCAGAGAAAAGAUGAUCAAGCAAGCGAUCUCACUACUCAAAAACUGGGUGAGCUACUGGCCGUAGUUUCCCCCAGUUGUGUUGAGGAAAAAAUCGAUGAAUACAAUUACCAAAUAUGCUUUAACAGCCAAAGUGGCGUGAUUGUUCAAAAAGAAGAUAAGCCAGGUGGAAAGCAGGUGUUAAUCGGUCGUUUUGACACGCACCACGUUGAACCCAAGGGAGCGACGGACCGCUACGCUGGAGAACUGGCUAUAAAACACUCUGAGUCUGAUCUAAUUGCACAUCUGGAAAGCGACUUGGCUAAUUACGAAACCGAGUUGCUGAUGGGGAAUUUGCCGCAAAUUAACAAUGGGCUCUCCUUACACUAUAACAACGGUGACAGAUGUUGGAACGGGCCACAGAGAUCCGCCCUGGUAUAUUUUAAGUGUGACGAGCAUUUCAAAAUACAUGGCGUACAAGAACUCACCAGGUGCCAAUACGCUUUCGAUGUCAGUGGACCUUUGGGCUGUAACACCAAUUUCAUUUUCACGGCACCAGAAUGGCUAGAUGGACAGAACUAUAUAAAAUAG